GGUUAAGCCACUGGCAUGUGCUCGGGAUGACGGGUCGCGCUGACGCUGGCGCCAUGGGCCGGGGGCCCGCACUCGCCUCGAUGGGGCUGGCGGUGGCAGCGGUUGCCAUUGCUGCGGGCUGUGCAGCCCAGUUCACGGCGAUGCCUGCGCUCUUCCUUGGCCACAUCGCGGCGAUGUGUGCCUGCUGGUGUUUGAUGACUGCCGGAUCGGUGGUCUACUCCAUGGCGGGCUUCUGGCCAGCGACGGGGAAGAACAAAGAUACUGCUCGCAAAGCGCACGCUGCCAUCCAGAGCACGGCUGUCCUGGCGGCUCUGGUUGGCUAUUUGUGCAUCUUCAGCAACCACCGCCUCGUAGGCGGCUCUCAGUUUGGCUUCGACCCUGGAAACCCGCCAGCGAAGACAGCUCAUGCUUUGCUGGGCUAUGUGGUCCUGGCCCUUAUGCUGCUUCAGGCUGUCCAGGGCUGGCAAAAAUUCUUGGGCCUGCAGGUCGGAAAAAUCCGGCACCUGGCGCAUCCGCUAAACGGCCGGGCGACACUCAUCAUAGCGGCCAUCAACAUGGCCUUGGUGCUGACCACAUUUCCGUUCCUGAGCCAGGCUCUGUUCCUGACCUUGGCCGGCGGCAUCCCGGUCAUCUCGGUGCUCGCCACAGUCCUAGCCGGGCCAUUAGGCAAGGCUUCCGCGAGGGAGCUGCCAGAUCCGCUGGAGGGCCCGGGCUACCAAGUGCUGGAGUGAGCUCCGUGCAUGGCAAGCCUUUGGGCAUGCAGCUGCAGCCAACUCAGCUUUCUCAAUGUCACACCGGGUGGUUGAUAUCAGCUUGCGCUAAGCUGUCGGCUUCGUGGGCUACAAUUUUCAGUCACUGGUUGGCCUCGUGGCUUCAAGUGUACAGAGCCCACCAUACACAAUUUCGCCUGGAGAGAUCGCCAACUCGUGCCAGCAAACUGAAACUGCC